AUUUAAUCAGCCAAUCAAUUGAGGACAGGUACGCAUGGAGGACAUAGCCGACACGUUUCACUCAUAAAGGCUCACAUUGUCUCUCUGAGCGGUUAAGUUAAACUAUUUAAAUUGAUAUUUUAAAGAUAUUUUAUUUUGUGUGUAUUUUAUAACGUUUAUGACCUGUAAGGGACUGAAAACACAUCAACAACAAGCACCGAGUCAGAGGUCUCACUGAGGAGUUAACAGCUUGUAUUAGCAGAUUGUAUCAAUUCAGUCCAGGCAGCUGUGAGUCUCAAACCACACCACCACUGUUCUGCUCCUGUUUGCUCACAAAACACCGGAUUACUGCUGGAAGAGAAGACGGGAGAGGUUUUUGUACCCACUAUGGACAGUAUGCUGGACAAUCUGUCAAAAACUGAGUUUAUCAGCAUUUGUGUUCGGGAACCAAGGGUUCUUAAAGACGACUUCUGGCACACACACGUCGACUACGAGAUCUGUUUACACACCAACAGCAUGUGCUUUCGAAAGAAGACUUCCUGUGUAAGGCGGCGUUACAGUGAGUUUGUUUGGCUGCGGCAUUGUCUGGCGCAGAAUGCUCUGAUCAUGGAGUUACCCAAGUUACCGCCCUGGAACCCGUUCUUCAGUCUGAAGAACGCAGAGCAGGUCUUUCAGAGGAUGAAGGGCUUCCAGGAGUUUUUAGAAAGUGUUCUUCAGAAACCUUUGUUGUUAUCGGACAGUCGACUCCAUAUGUUCCUCCAGUCAGAGCUCAGCAUCACAAAGAUGGAGAGGUGUGCUCUCGGUAAGACCAGGUACACGGUGGCUGAAGCCAUUCAGCGUUCCAGCAGCGGCAUCAUCAGCAGACCGGAGGACAAGGUCUCCUUCGACUCAGACUGUGAAAGCUGUUCUUCGUCAGGCUUGGGUCAAAGUGUGGACACUACGGUGCGAGGAAGCCCCGUCUCGUUCUUAGAGUCCUGACAGAGACCUAGAGCUGCUCGGCUGUCGUUCAGAAUUCCCCACUUAUAGCACCCUGACAAACAGCAGUUGUAGAGGAUCAACCUGUUGGUGAUUCUCCAUGGAGCUCUUGAUUUCUUAGUUAACCUCCAAAAGAGCAAAAAAUGUUGUUUUACCCUUUUGUUAACUUCAUGAUUUCCCUUAGACAUUUAUUGUUUUAAUGUUUUGCUUUAGUUUUCUCUUAAAGCAACACCAUGUUUAUUUAACUUAGUGAGUACUUGAAGAAAAAACAUGUUUUAAAAAAUGUAUAGUAAACCUACAUUUAUAAAGGUGAAUUCUUAAAUAUUUACUAUGUAUUUAUUUGUAUUUGCACUGAAGCUGUACUUGGGUUAGCAAAGGAUGUUUUGAAUUGUUGACAGAACUUUUUUAGAAAAAUAUUUGAAUGCUUUUACGAUUUAAUGGAUGAAUAAAUUGUCUUUUUUGAAGAAAAA